UGCAGAGCAGAUGGCGGAGGGCUACGGAGCAAGCAGCCAGUAUUUCUGGAUUCUGGGCUGCCUGCACUCACCUUGCCACUGACCGCGCCGUGGCACAGAAACUACGGCAGGCGUCUCCAGAGCAGACCCAACUGGUUUUCAACAAGGCAGAAUAAUUACAUGGAUUCCUGACAUUCUUCAACCCUCACUUGAUAUAGAAUAAUGAUUAACACAGUGUGGGAGAGCAGAGCCUGGCAGUUGGACAUGCAGCUGAUAGGUAAAGUUGUUCUGUCGGCAGCUGCCUUAUUUUUUUUGGGUCUGGCUUAUAGAUUCUAUAAGUUCCGAGCACUCGAGGGAUCUGAAGAGUCAGACAUCAAUGGCCCUGGUCUCAGAAGCGCAGAGGGCGAUGUCCUGGAUAGCCCCCAGCGAGAUUACGCAGAUGAUGAAAGCAGUACUCUGAGAUUCAGACGUGUAAACAGUAACCUGCAGAAUGGCUUAGUCACAGAUCCUGGAAGAAAGGACUUUGCCGAUUCUUCGUUCGGUACACAUAAAGUUCAUGUCGCAGCUCAGGAGGGAUUUGAAACGGCUGAUGUUAUCUGUAAAGACCAAAAUGAUUAUUGCAGAGAAGUUACAGAGGAGUUGCGCAACAGCUCUGAUCCCCUGCAAAGCCAUCGUCAUCAUGGAGAUGACACGACCUGUCAAAAGGACGAGUGCGAUGGGGUGGAAACUGACAACAAAACCCAAAGCGAGCACUGCAGAGAGGAUCCAGAAGGCAGGGAAAUGUUGGAAAAGUCGGAGUUGGUGAACGACUACCCAGAAAUGGUCUACAAAAACAUGACAGCACAAAGCUCUAUUGAGUUAUCCGUAAGUCACCAAAAUAAGGCAAAGCAAGAACUGCACAGGUUCUCUUCCACGGCUGAGGUCCAGAUGCAGGAGAGCAUGAUCGCAGAAGAUGGAAAAGUUCUUCAGACACUGGUACCGGGGGGCCUUAGAAGGAAAAUUUAUGACUAUCGCAUUGAGUCUACAUCCCAAUCGGCAGUUAACACAUUGGACAUUGGAGAUGUCUCUCCGCAGUCCCCACUUUCUAUUAUAACAUCACAUCUACCGACAUCAGAGGAAGAAAAGGAGACACCUAAAAGUCUCAAAGACCUUGUGGAGACCACAGAAGAUUCAAGCAAAGGUGACAACUUGACUCAAGUAACCAUAUUACCAAAACAGCACGUUGCCAGUGACAGUAAUACAGCAGAUGGUGCGGACGCUCAGCAGACCAGAUCCAGUUCUAAUUUCUCUAUCACAUCUCAGUCAGUUACUGAGGAAGGAACCUCAGAAGCUGAGAUCUAUGCUCCACAGCCAGAGCUCACCUACAUAAAAAGAGAUCUACAGACACUGGAGGAACGUGAAGCAAUGCUGCCAAGUGGGGAAAACACAGCAGACCAUUUAAGCAAUAAGUCACCAGAUCAAAAUCGAUUGCAGGAGCAAGACUUCUCUGGUGACAUUAAUAAAAAGCAACAAGAAGGAAGUCAGGUAACCAACACUGGUGGCGCUGCUUCUGCCAAUCUAGCAACAUUAUCAUCCAACAUAGUAGACCAGAACAUUGGUGCAGCUCUAGGUAAACAAAGAGGUCCUGGUGCUGAGGAAGGGGCUUCUGAAGCAGAGCUCACUCACAUAAAAACAGAGGAGGAACAUGUACCAACACCAACAAGUGUGGAAAACACAGGCCCUGGUACCUACCAUGUUUCUUUGACCUCCGAGUCAUCUGUAUCCGAUAUACACAUUGAUUUGGGGAACUGUUAUGAGGUCCUCUGUAUGGCCAAGAAACACAACCUCGAAACCCUUAAAACAGCUGCCUACCAAAUAAUGAGCAACGACUACCUACAAGUGCUGCAGAAUCCCUCCAUCUAUGGACGUCUUAAUGCUGCUGAGAGAGAUUUAAUUCUCGAAGGCAGGAUGAAAGGUAGGCGGCAUGUAGUUGUGGCUGACAUUGAUACUCAAGCCACAUCUGCAGCCCAAAAUGAGAGCCGUCUUAGUUAUUAUGACCGUGACAAUGAUGUGUGGCAUCCUUUAUCUCAAAUCCCAGCUGAAGCUGUCAGCAGAGGCAGCUCAAUGGCAACUAUGUUUAAUUAUCUUUUUGUUGUCCUUGGAUGUGACGGUCCCGGGAGGCAAAUGAAGCCUUCCAGACACGUCCUGUGCUACAACCCUCUAACAGACAGCUGGAAGGAAAUCAGCCCUCUCAAAGAAGCCAGGCCUCACUGCAAACUUGUGGCACUCAAUGGUUUUUUAUAUGCUAUUGGGGGCGAGUGCCUUCACACAGUGGAGAGGUAUGACCCGCGCCAAAACCGGUGGGCUUACAUCGCCCCUCUCCCAAACGACACCUUUGCUGUCGCACACAUGGCAACUGCCUAUGAUGAUGAGAUUUUUGUGACUGGUGGAACUUUCCGUUAUAUGCUACUGAGGUAUCGUGAACGCGAGGAGGUCUGGAAGAGCACCGUUGUCAGCGGCAGCAAAGACCGCACAACAGAGAUGGUGGCAUCCAACAAUUUUCUAUAUCGGUUUGACUUGAACCGUAGCAUGGGCAUCAGCGUCCACCGCUGUAACAUCAGAGCCAGGAUUUGGUAUGAAUGUGCCACGCUUGCAAUGCCUUACCCAGCACCCUUCCAGUGUGCAGUCGUAGGCAGCAACAUUCACUGCAUCAGCAGAAACUUUCACAUGCGUUUCCUGGAUGAAGACGUAUCGCCCAAAUUCAUAGAUACAAAUCUCCAGACUGUGCCGUCGCCAAAAGGCGUUCUCUACCCCUUCGUCCUUGUUCUGCCAGCGAAGGGCGCGCACUGAGCAAGUUCACGCGGUCACGGUCAAAAUCUGUUUAUCCUUUUGUGUUUAGCGGAAAUCCGAGGUGCAGCAAACAAGUCAAUCGAAGCUAAUUAACAGUCUGAUCCUGACAUAGGCUAAUUCCACGUACAGGACAUAAAACCCAGAGAAUGUAAAUUAUUCACGCAGUCUUUAAUGGCAGUCCUCCUGACAAAUGCACAGUUAUAAACGGCAGCAUUGAACCGGCUCAGCACACGGCAUUAAAGUUUUGUGGGGGGGUUUUUUUCCCUUCAAGAUGGAAACUUUUUUCUAAAAUGUACAUUCCACAUCCAUAAAGGAACUAUAAAUCCAGAACCCUAGCAGGUAAAACGCAGAAUCCAAAAGUAAUUGCUUUGCAUUACGCUGCUAUCUCACGGCUAUGAUUGUUAAGUAUGUGACUUUAUAUUUUUGGGGGAAGAAUGUUUUAUUUCAU